AACACAACCUCCAUUUUCACUUCUCUCCUUCUCUCGUAGCCAGUAGAAGUUGCAGUAAGUUAUGAAUUCGAAGUAGUACUCGGUACUCGCUUAUCGUUUUGGUAGUUGUUGUUGUUAUUGAAGAGCAGUAGAUUUUUAAGAGUUCCUUUCCUGGCCCCAAAUAUAUCUCAAGGGUCGGAUUACAAUUUGCCAACCCAUCCUUCUUCUCAGCGCUUUCCUCUUUCCUUUUCAUCAUUAUUCCCAUCAUCAUUUUUGUUGAUCCUAAUCUACUAAGACAGUGAGUGAGUGAGUGAGUGAGCCAGUGACUAUAUAAUAUCCAGACACUUAGGUUGUUUCUUGUUUUUUAUAGUAUAUAAUUUUCUGGAAUUUUUAAGGAGAUUGUGGCGGGACGAAUUUGUGAAAUCAAUUUCCGUUUGUCUCUUGUUUCUGAAAUCAUCACGUCACCACUGAAACCAUUAGGCGGCGACAAUCAUUCUGAAAUCUAACUUCCUAGGACCAAUUUUGAACGAUUCCUUUUGAGGGAGAACUUCUGAGUUCCUAUAAUACAAAGAAUGAGCGGAGCUAAAGUCAAGCGUAAAGUGGGUAUAUAUGAGCUUGGAAGAACUAUCGGGGAGGGGACAUUUGCUAAGGUGAAGUUUGCCAAGAAUUCUGAAACUGGGGAACCUGUAGCUAUAAAGAUCCUUGACAAAGAGAAAGUUCUCAAGCACAAGAUGUCUGAACAGAUACGGCGAGAAAUAGCAACGAUGAAGCUAAUACAACAUCCAAAUGUUGUUCGCUUGUUUGAGGUUAUGGGGAGCAAAACAAAGAUUUUUAUCGUUCUAGAGUUUAUUACUGGAGGAGAACUCUUUGAUAAAAUUGUUAAUCAUGGCCGGAUGAUAGAAGAUGAAGCUCGGAGGUAUUUCCAGCAGCUUAUUAAUGCUGUAGAUUAUUGUCAUAGCAGGGGUGUUUACCACAGAGACUUAAAGCCAGAAAAUUUAUUACUUGAUGUCCACGGAAACCUCAAAAUUUCUGAUUUUGGAUUGAGUGCAAUAUCCCAACAUGUCCAGGAUGACGGUUUGCUUCACACUACAUGUGGAACUCCAAAUUAUGUCGCACCUGAGGUCCUCAAGGAUAAAGGGUAUGAUGGAGCAAAAGCAGACUUGUGGUCAUGUGGGGUCAUCCUAUUUGUACUGCUAUCAGGAUACUUGCCUUUUGAUGAUUCUAAUCUUAUGAAUCUAUAUAAAAAAGUGAGCCUUUUCCAUGUCAAAACUACCCUUUUAAUCUCUGCCGCUGCAACAUCUCCAUGUUUAAAUUAUUCUCUUUAUGUGCAGAUCUCGGUCGCAGAGUUCACUUGCCCUCCUUGGCUCUCUUUUGAUGCAAGGAAACUAAUAACUCGAAUCUUGGAUCCUGACUCUGAGACUCGAAUCACAAUCCCUGAGCUUUUGGAGGAUCCGUGGUUCAAGAAAGGUUUUAAGCCACCAGUGUUUGAGGAGAAAGAUUAUACAAACUUGGAUGAUGUCGAUGCUGUUUUUAAGGACUCGGAAGAAUAUCAUGUGACUGAGAAAAGAGAAGAACAACCAGUAGCUAUGAAUGCCUUCGAAUUGAUUUCCAUGUCAAAGGGUCUAGAUCUUGGAAAUUUGUUUGAGCAGCAGGAAAUUAAGAGGGAAACAAGGUUUACGUCAACGUGUCCUGCUAACGAGAUCAUCAGUAAAAUUGAAGAAGCAGCCAGGCCCCUUGGGUUCGACGUUCACAAGAAAAACUAUAAGAUGAGGUUAGAAAAUAUUAAAGCAGGGAGAAAAGGAAACCUUAAUGUCGCCACUCAGGUAUUUCAAGUUGCACCAUCACUUCAUAUGGUCGAGGUACGGAAAUCAAAAGGUGACACAUUGGAGUUCCACAAGUUCUUCAAAAAGCUGUCGACGUCUCUCAAGGAUGUUGUUUGGAGAUCUGCUACGGAAGGCGACCAAAGUGUGAAUUAAACCUGAUAUGUAUACAUAUUAUAUAUAUAUAUAUAUAUAUAGAUGCACAGUUUACUUCAAGAGCUCUAGUAGUAUGGAUCAUUUAUUAUUCUCGGCCGAACUUCAGUAGUGGGAAAAGAAAAGUUUUUCUGCCUUGCUUCUAUUAUUUUUGUGAGACUGUUCCCUUGUAGAGAAUACUUCGGAUUUUUCAAGUUUAGGACUACUGGGAGGGAGGGAGGCAUAUGGCUUUCCCCUGCUGCUUUUUCAAGUUCAGUUAUUUUUUUUAAUUGGAAAAGCAUCAAUUAGUUGAUUCUCCCCCAAGCCUGUGAGUCAUGUAAUUUUUUCAUUGUUGUUUGGCAUUUGUUGCUGAUCUUGAAUGUGUAUACAUAUAUGAAAUAAGCAAGAGAGGUUUUUUGUAUAUGUUAGUUUUCCUUGA